GACCGGCGACACAGCAAAGAAGGUUAGCGAACUAGUAGAGUUUGUAAAGCAAGGUUCGGCCAAUAACCCCCUUGGAUCAAACGCUACACCAGGAUCAGCGUCGUUUCAACCAUCACCAGGAACAGGCCCCCUGACCCUAAAGAGUCGGGAUCUCAACCAGAAUAUCUCCGUCCCUAAGACGGGAGAUGGGACCAAGCCAUACUCUAGCCCCAAGGCAGCUGACUUCGUCAGCGACGAGAUGCUUAAAUUCUUGCGAAAGAUUAAGGACAGCGUUGCGGAAUCAGGCUGUGUGACUAUGGAAACUAAGACACUCGUCCGAGACCUUCGUGGCGAGGUUCUCGGAAUGGGUAGAGAACUCGCUCGCAAGGUUGACGAUGCGAUGCAAUCAGCGAAUUCUCAAGGCGCCAUUGAAUCCGGCCGACCCAACCAGGAGAUGAGUCUCAUCGUUCAAGAGGGUCUCUCAGAGAUCAAACAGCAUCUGGAUCAGGUGAUGCGUCAGAGGAGACGCCAAUCUACUUCUUCCACUAUGACCCGGAACACCGUCGACAGCAAUGAAGUGUACGAUGUUGUCAAGCAUGCUUUGGCAGAGCGUGGGCUUGAUCACUUCUCCGCACAAGGUGCACUUCUCGACAAAGAGGCCAUUAUUUCCGCAGUUCGGGAAGCACACGAAGCGUACAAGCCAGAAAUAGAAGUCCAGCAGUUUGGCCUUGAGCGAGAUGAAAUCCUUCAAUGCAUUAAGGAAGGUCUAGAAGAUUCCCGAGCACCUAGCGGUGCUACAAAGGAGGAAAUCAUGAAUAUUAUCCAGGAUUCAAUUCAGCACCUCAAACUUCCACCACCAAUCAAUGAAGCUCACGAGAUACGAGAGGAGGUGUUGAUGGCUGUGCGGGAAUGCCUUGACGAGUUCAAGCCUGCCCUGGUCCCCCAUACAUCCCAAGCGGAUAGCAUAUCCAGAGACUUCAUUUUGAACGCCAUCAGGGAAGGCCUGGUGAGUGCGGAUUUGAGUGGGCCCCGGGAGAUCGAGAUCAACCGAGACGACCUCUUUGAGGCUGUAAGGGCUGGCUUGGAAGGUUCACAACCGCAGAAUGAAGCGCACGGCAACGAAAUCUUGGGGCGCUUGCAGGGCCUAGUGGACAAAAUGCAUUUAGAGUUCAAGGCAUACUCCUCUGCCAAUGGCCGCGACACGGAACAGGUACUCGAUGCACUCCGGGAUGGGCUGGACAGCUUACGCGCCGAGAUCGAGAGCUACGUCGACAAAGCUCAGGAUGUCACUCAGAAAGAUGAACUCGUCGAAACGAUGCGUAACGAGCUUGAUCGCUUGCGAGUCGACGUCCAAGGAUUCGUGGCCGAAGGACCUCGCGGUGAUCAUGCCUGGAGCCGAGGUGACAUGGUUGGCUACAUCAAGUCCGAAUUCGAGCAUCUCCAUGAGGAGCUAAGUUCGCAAUUCUUGCCAGCUGCCAAGGACAAGGAACAGAUUCUGAGUGCACUCACUAUCGGCUUUGAAGACAUGAAAUCCCAAGUCGCAACCCGUGGCUUAGAUCUUGACUCUAACGAAGAGAUGAAUGAGGCCAUGAGGCAAGAAUUCGACCAAUUGAAGGAUGUCAUUCUUGGGGACGCUGCCAACCACAAGGACGAUGUUUUGGAAAAGCUACAGGUUGGAUUCGGUGAAUUGAGUGCGAAACUAGGCGAGAACCGCACGUUGGAGAAUUCUAAUGAGGAUAUCAUCUCCACGAUGAAGGAAGAAUUUGAUCAUUUACGAGAGACUCUGGGUGGGGCGUUGGUACGAUCCGGUGGCACGGCUGAGAAGGACGACAUUAUUGACGCAGUACGUGAACUCGUAGACGGUCUUCGUUCCCAGAUUGCAAUUUCACACGAUGAUGCCUCAAAGGAGAACCUCACCUCGAUCCAAGGAGAGUUGGAACAUUUGCGCGAGACUCUUGGAAACACGCUUGUCCGCUCUGGGGGGUCUGCCGACAAGGAAGAGAUCCUUGAAGCCCUGAAGUCCGGUUUAGAGGAGAUCAAGGAAAGCUCCGGAUCGAUGAGCAUCAAUCAAGAACUUGUUGAGGCAUUCCGUGGCGAGUUGGAGCAACUUCGUUCUUCUAAUGGGCUCACUCGCCAGCACUCCCGUGCUGAUACCGAAGAGGUCCUUGAAGCUGUUCGACUUGGCCUUGAUGACCUUCGAUCGCAUCUGGAAAAGAAGAUCGACAACCCUGACCGUCACAUGUCGGCAACCGGCGAGAUUCUCGACGCUUUGAAUGAAGGUCUUGAGGGCCUCCGGUCUGAUGUUACAAAAAUGGUUGAUAAGCCGGUCGAUAUGACCGUCUCCUACGAAAUCCUAGACACCCUCAAAGGUGGUCUUGCGAGCCUGCGCGAAGACGUCGAUAAACUGAAGGGUAGGAGGGUAGAGGAAGAGGAAGAGGAAGAGGAAGAGACAGUACCAACUGGCAACGAAGUUGUGCUUGCCGAAGAUCUCGAGGCCCCAAUCACCCGAGAUAUAGCUGUAGAUCCUCCACGCCGGAAUGAUCUAGAGAAGGUAGAAGUCAUGCUAGGGCAGCUCCAGAUCAAGGUGGAGGCCAUAGAUGCCAACUUUCAACAUGCACCGCCUGCUCCUGAAUCUAACGUCGCACCCGGAUCUGCAAUGCAAAGCGACCUCGUUGGGAUCGAGGAGUUGCUGAAGGAUCUUCAAGCCGCGGUUUUCCAACUCCAAGAUCGUGAGCAGCCUGCCCUUAAUAUGGAAGGAAUAGCGACCAAGGAAGAUACCGAUGCCAUUGAGACUCUUCUUGGGAACAUGAAAGCUAAGAUUGAGGAGAUUGCCGUCCCUGACCCUGCAACCACGAUCUCGAAAGAAAACCUUGAAGACAUCGAGCUAGUGGUUCAAACAACUUCAGAAGCGAUUGAAGCACUUUCAAAGAAGAUUGAAGAAGAAGGUGCCACCAAGGGAGAUGUCGCAGUGAUCCAGGUAAUUGCGGAUGACAUCAAGAAUGCGCUGGAUGAAAUGAAGUCUGCAAAGCUGGAGGAGACAGAGGAAGAAGUUGUUGAAAAAGCAACCAAAGCUGAUAUUGACAGUCUUGCCGUCCUCGUCUGCGAUAUUAAGGCCAAGAUCGAAGAGAUGAAGAUUCCUGAUGGAAAUGAACUUCCUUCUAAGGCCGACGUUGAGCAGCUCACUGGGCUCAUUCACGAUUUCCGCGACAGCCAUGACAAAAUGAAAGAUAGCUACGAAUCCGACAUCGCAAUUACUGCGAAGGCAUUUGAUGAUCGUAAGAAGGAGGCAGAGGAUCUUGUGGAGAGCAUGAAUGAUGUCAAGCUCGCGAUUGAUGAUAUUAAGGAGGAGAUCAAGACGAACCUCACUGAAGGUGGGCCGAUGGAAGGUCUCAGGGAUUCCUUCAAGAGUCUAGAGGACACAAUUGGAUCGAACUUUAGCAUCACCGCAGAUGUCAAAGAGCUCAUGGAAAUUGUUUCUCGUGAGUUUGAGCGGGCACAUGGUUCCAUCGAAGGGCUUCGAAAUGACCAAGAGGAGAGGUCGGCCCUGACUGCGGAGAAACACGACGAAGCCAAGGAUGCUAUCAUCGCCGGACUUGUCGAAACGAUCGACGACCGCUUCAAUACCCUCAUGGCAAAGUACGAUGAUGCACAGCUGCUUGCCGACGAGCAAGCUAAGGUCAUGAAGGAAAAGGCCGAGGAGCAGGAGAGGAUCUUGGAGAACACCAAGGGAAUGACUGACGAACUCCGUCUCACCAUGGAUACUCUCGGUGCAACCAUCACGGGUAUGAAGGAUCAAUUUGAGGAAGCAGCGCAGAAGCUGUCGGCAGAGUCUACUACUGUUAUCCAAAAGAUCGAUAGUGCCAUGGUGAAGCUCCAGGAGCAUCAGGAAGAUGGCAAGACGGAGCAUUCACAUACCCGAGAUGAGAUUGCUAAUGUCGAACGGAUCUUCAACGGCCUUCAGGACAACAUUACUGAAUAUCAUCCUAAGUUCAUGGUCACCCUUCGCGAGAUCCAAGCCUUGGUUAGUCAGCACUACGAGCAUUCACAGAAAGCCAAGGAAACUGCCGAUGAACAGACCCGCGUGUGGAAUGAGGAAGCUAAGGCACGUGCACAAGAGAUUUCAAACCACUUCUCCAAUAUACCGGCCCUCCUUCCAGCGCCACCUGCUGCCAUUGAAUCUGUCCAGAUAUACGACGAUAAGCAAGUCCAGGAAAAGCUCGACAAGCUCCUUGGUGAUGUCGACGAAGCCAAAAACUCUACCCCGCAACUUGAGCGUCUCGAUCAGAUCCACAAACAGGUCAUGGCCACCGCUGCUGAGGUCAGCGAGUUCGUUGCCAAACAAACUCAGCUCAUCACCGACGGGAACGAGACCAAGGAACGAGAGGCUGAAGAAAUUGCCCUGUUGGUUGAGCGUCGUCACGCGCAGAAGGAGCAACUCGAAGCUGACAUCCGGGGACUCAAGGAUGAGAGGGAGCGUGUUUUACAGGAACUGAAAGAGGAGAAAGACCGUGUCGUGCAAGAGCUCAAGGAUGAGAAGGAGCGCACCAUUCUCGAGGUCAAGGAAGAGAAGGACCAACUCCUCGCCAUCGUUGCAGCAUUGCAGGUCGAGCGCGAAAAUCUUGCUAACCAGAAGGUUCGGCUGACGGGUGAGGUCUCCUCUCUUCAUACGGCGCUUGAGAUUCGACGAGAAGAGCUACAUGUCAUGGACGCCAAGGCCGAUGCUCUGGAACGCAGGAUUCUGAACGGUAUCAUGGAUCACUCACGGGCCCUUAUGAUGUCUAAAGGAAGGAAGAACCCGGCCAAAGCCAAGAAGCGAAUGAGCGCAGAUGUCACAAGCGACGCUAGCAAGCUCAUGCCUCCUCCGAGCACCGCUGCGAGUGGCCUUUCCAUGGCGUUGAAAUCUCGCCCUGCCAUUCGCCGCAAUGGGCCGCCUCCCAACCCGGCCAGUCGUCGAAUUCACUCCCUUAGCCAGAUCAGUGGCAAUUCAUCAGCAGGAGCACAGACAUAUUCAAUACCCGGUAGCACGAUGUCUACUUCCGGAAACCUUAAACGCAGCCACUCUGUCAAGACCAACUACUUGCGUAAGAGUUCUUGGGCAGGUAGACCCAGCGUCGCAGAAGUCAACAAGGAAAACGAGACAUUGAGCGAGGAGAGCGAAACCGAGACUGAACAUACUCCAGCUCACUUAGCGAUUGAGGAUAACCAUUCCAUUGCCGAAGAAAAUCAUGAUGACAUGCACAGUGAGACCGGCACCGAGCGGCGAUAUAGCUACGGCACAGGGAGUUACGCUGAGAGCUAUGGUGAAGGCGAGACGCCUAGCGAAUACACGUACGCCUCUGGAUCCUCGUACAUGACAGGCAGCGAUGUUGAUCGUCGCACAUCCUACGGCUCCACUGUUCACUCCACGCUCCUGGGUGGUGCGGAAACCAUCGAUGAAGGCAGCGAAGACGAGGGUUCCGACCACUCUGACUACUCCGGCAAUGAGGAUGACACGGAAACAGGCCCCGUCCUACCAUCCGAGAUCACAGCGUCCGAAGUCUCGACUUCAGUCCUCGAUCCCACAGCCUCAGAAGUCGAGCGCGCAGUCGAGGAAGUCAAGAAAGAUCUGUGUCUCUACGCUUUGCCCAGUGAUUCAGGCGUGGGCACGGAUCUCGCGACUGCAGCGCUUGAACCUCCGGCUAGUGAUGCGGAUUAUUUCAGACGUGCAGCGGAGGAAGAGAGUACGGUUGGGUGAGUGAUGUGUAUGCGUGCCCCCGCGACAAUUAUGCGGUUUCAGGGGUCUGGUGAAAUUUUCUGCCGUCAGGGAUGCUUUGGCUUUGUUGGGGGUUUGGGAUAGUGGGUUGUUGUAGAGCCAGUUGGCUCACUUGGGGCUGAUUGGUAUGGAGUACGGUGGGUGGAUGGGACGGCGUUUAGCGGCAUUACUAUGGUUGGCUUUCAUGGUUUGUGGAUGGUCAGUGUUAUGAUUUGGACGAUGAGCAAAUUGUUAUUGUCCUG